AUUUUUUUGGAGCCGAAAUCCCGGAGAAAACCGCAUUUGAAAAAGCGCAACUUCUACGCAAAUUUAAAACGCUCUGGAAUGGCGGGCAAAUGACGUUGUUGAAAUACUACGGUAGUCAAAUCGAUGUCUAACUCAAAGCUUCGCAGAACGCCACGGGUAGCGCCGCCGCGCCGCGCCGCAGCUACAAGCUACAACAAGCAACAGGUGAUAACCAAGAUACAUCCAUGUGAUAACCACUUUUCACGUAAAUAAACAAACCUCCGUGAUCGCUAGCUAUGGCCAGGUGUUUUGUGCCGGGGUGUGAAAACAGUGAAAGUGAAAGUGGUAAACACUUUUUUAGUGUGCCACGAAAUGAAAGGCGAUAUGACUGGUUCCGGGCCGUGGGGAAGAAUGACGGCAACAUCUCCCUCACCAGAAAUCUGGUCUGCUGCCAAGACCAUUUCAUCCUUAACUCUGAUGUGGAAGGCUAUCAUAUGUCCCAGAUGUUGUUGUCUGGUGGUUUCAAGACAAAAUGGAAAUUGAAAAAAGAUGUCCUCCCACGUAUGUCAAUUUUGAAUGUCAACUUAGAACCUGUUGGACUCUCGGACGACUCUUUCCAGCCCUUGCUUUCUAAGACCCUCACAAAUCCAGAUGUAUUACCCGAUGAAAAAUCAUCGAAAACCAUUGGUUGUCAGGUUAAUGUGCGCCCUAAAUUCAGAUCGGUCAAUCUCCAAGUUAGGCCCCAGACAGCCUCAGCUGAGUGUCAAACAGACUUAGGGCGGAGUCCUCCUCCCAAAGUCUUGACUGCCUCUUGCCACAAUGAAGAAAAUCUUCCCCUAAAAGCCUCCAAAGGAAAGAAGAGACAGUAUGAUGAAGCAAACAAUAGUUCCUCAAAUCCAUCUCAAUCAUCUCACUCAGAUUACAUUCCCAGCCAAAAAUCGAAAGCCUCCUCGACUAGUACGUCCGUAACUCUUAAAGAAUAUUCUGUAAACGAAGAAAAAUCCCAUUCAUGUGCUUUAAACCUAAAACUCAUGUAUAGCAAUCCCAUGUAUUAUCUAGGUUUGCAUAAAGAACAUGCUGCCACUAUUUUGAAUAAGUUACAGAAAUACUCUAGGCUCAGCGAAAAGAAAAUUUUAAUAGCAUUACGAAAAGUACGAUUAAAUGAAGCCAAUGAGGGUUUAAGCCAUGUCUUUGGCUGCAGUGAAGUGUACAUUGGUCGAGUUAUAAACGAAGUCAUUCCAGUCAUUGCAGAGUUGGUAAAAUCCCUCAUUUACCAGCCGCAAAAAGACAUCAUUAAAGCGAACUUGCCAGUAUCAUUUAGAGCUCGCUACUCUAAUGUAGGUUAUAUUAUCGACUGCUUCGAAAUAGAAAUUGAGAAGCCCACACACUCUGUUCUGCAGAGUGUUACGUGGUCCUCCUAUAAACAUUGCAAUACUCUGAAAUAUUUGAUAUCUUGUACGCCAAAUGGCUUCAUUAAUUUUGUCUCUGUAGGAUAUGGAGGAAGAGCCUCUGACAAAGUCAUCACUGAAGCUUCAGGAUUUUUGAGCAUUUUAACACCUGACAAUAGAGUCAUGGCUGAUAGAGGCUUCAAACACAUUGAAAGUAUGGUUGUCAAAGCAGGAAGCUCCCUUGUAAGACCCCCCAGUGUAGGAAACAACGAAAAAAUGACCAAAGAUGAAGUAAGGCAAACCAAAGUAAUUGCUAGUCUUAGAAUAAAUGUAGAGAGAGUCAUAGGUCGCCUUAGAGAUUACAGGUUUCUUGCACCUCAUGCUAGAAAUCAUCAUGAUCUACUCAGUUUAACAGAUUCAGCUGUAAUUAUUGCUUGUGCUUUUGCAAACUUGCAAGGCCCAUACUAUAAAUAAAAGCGAAACUAAUCACAGCUUAAGCAUUAAAGUUAACAAUGAAAAAUUGGGAACCAAUUUGAAAUAAAAAAAAGGUUUCAGGUACAGAUAACAAUACAAGAGUAACCACAAAAAAAAAAAGAAAAAAAAAUACUUGAAAACAAAAGGAAACAUUCAGAUUCAGCAAAAAAUUAUUCAUUGCGGUGUAAUAUUAAUUUCAUAAAAGAAAUCAAAAUUGCUUUUUAAGGGAAGUCAAUUGAUACACAUGACACCAAGGCAAGACAGAGGCCCUAUAAUUUACAAUAUUUCUAAUUAUUUUGCUUCAAACCAGUUAUUUAUCCGUUAUUGUUCAGCUGUAUUGUAGUGUUAUGCUGUUUGGUUCUUCUGGUGAGAAUUUCUUUUUUUCUCCCCAAUCCUCUGAGCACUGAACUAUGAAUUUUAGCACUUGCUACAAGCAAGAUGAAUUUUUUUCUCCUCUUUUUUGGUGUGCAAGUGCAAGUAGGCAAUUUUUCGAAUUACUUUUUGUCUUAACUCCAAGAGUUAUUUUUAAAUUUGUCUUCAAUUUCAUUCUCAUGAAAGAAACUGUUUUUGUGAACUUCUUCAGGAAAAGGGAGUAUAAGGCUUCCAAUGCUGCCAAGAUUGUGUCAUGUCGCUCUUGAAGUUCAAGUAACCUGUCGGGAAGCUCUGCCAUAAAUUUUUCCUUGAAUCUGCUUCAAAUUUUUUUCCACUAUUAUGUGGAAGUAAGUCAACUAUGAAUGAAUUUCAUUUACUGCAAAUGCUAUGAAAAAUUGCACAAUCUUAGCAGCAUUGCAAGCCUUAUACGCCCUUUUACCAAAGAACUCCUGAUUUACAAGUGUACACUUGUGAUACAUGUUUCUAUCAGCUAGUAAAGCUCAAAAAUCAGAUAAAUAUUAAAAAUAAAUAUAUAUGGUGCAGGCAACAUUAUCCAGUCUGUUGCAUGCCUACACAGAUGGUACAAUUUACAAGCUUGCAUGAAUUUUCCAAUUUCUCGAUUUUUCAAAGUACACAGUGAGAUUUAUGAAACACCUCAUCAAUGAAAAUAAGGUAUCCACCUCAAUCUUAAAAUUUCUGAAUACCUAUUGCAAUGUUUUUAGUAAAAGAGAGAAUUAUUAGAAGCUUGUCAUUUAUUUAAGAUAGCUAUAAUAACAUUGUCUUCCUCCUCUGAAAUGCUUUGUUGAAGGAAAUUUGAGACGAACUUCAGACUAUGAAUAAGACUGCUUUUAGACUGUAUAACAAGUUAAAGCUAGAUUCAGCAUUUUCAUUUAAUUUAUCCUCGACCUUCUUCAAGUUGGAGCUAAAAUGAUCAAAACAAUAAGAAGCGAAGAGAAAAAUGCAGACAAGUUCUUUACUCUGAAAGUUUGGACUUGUUAAACAAACCUGAACUGAACUAAACCAUCUCUCUUUCUGUGUGCUGGCUAUCAGUGUACUUCAUUUACACUCUUGUAAAUGAAGGGUCCAGUGUCUUAAGAUUUUGGCUGGCAUUAUGUCUUUCUCUCUCUCUUUUUGAGAACAGAUAAGCGGCCUCAUGGCUUAAAAAAAGAUAGAGCUUAUGUUUUGACGCCGAAUUAAGUUCUGACCUACUGUUUUACACAUGUCCAUUCCACAAUACUAGUUCUACUUGUAAAUACCAUAAUUUCAAAUUUUCCAAAAAUGUCACUCAACAUGUGUUUCUUCUAGACCUUUCAAAUGAAUCAGUGAGAACGAAAGCACACCAACUCCGAAAAAUGAAAGUUAUCAAGACACACACAAAACUGCACAGAAGAUGAAGAAAUUAGUCUCAGAAAAAAUAUUUUCGGUGCCGAAAUGCAAGUACUUAAGAACAUUUUAAAGGUCCAAGUUGGAACAGGUGCGCUAACUUCAAUGACCUUUAUAAAGAUUGACCGUCUUUAAUGAAAAUUUAGCAUUUCUGAGUUACCUACCGGGUUGGUGUGUUUUCGAUCUCACUGAUUCAAAUAUGAAGUAACACAAAAUAUGUAAUUUACCAACAUUAAAAAUGAACUAAGGCUCAUGAGAGGUAAGAAAACAACACUAAAAAUUAAAAAAUGAGACAAAUUUAAAUCACAGAUUGUGCUGUCCAAAUGAUGUUCCAAAAAUCACAUGAUGAAAGAACAAGCCUAAAUAUUUUCAAAAGUUUACUUCCAAAUGAAUUAAAAGAAUUACCAAAA